AUGCACGAAGCAAACGUUUUUGAUUUGCAGUUCAGUACAUCGAAGCAAGCGCUAUCAUCGAUAUUGCAAUUGAGCAGGUAUUUAGAGAGCAAAACACUACUCGUUGAUCCUCGCUUCAUAUCACUAAUACAAGAUGUUCAAGCACAUUUCAUCAGUGAUAAGCAACUACGUAUUGGUGAGGAGAACCUUAAUGAUAUUUUAGAAUCAAAUAGUGUAGUGAUGGCAUUCUUUGAUCGAGACGGGUUAGAUAUCCUAAAUUUGUUGAAGAGUCAUAAUUUAUUAUGGAAAAAAUUUACUGAUCAAAGCUUUGAAGUAAUAAUCGAUGGAAUUUCUCAUCGACUAAUACCGUUCAGUUUAUCGAAAAGCGAAGAUUACAUCGAAUUUAUUUUGAGGAAGGUUAAAAGAAUCAUACCGAAAUUUGAUGUUGUGAAAUACAGGGUGGAGAAUGAAAGUUUCGUAGGUCCGGUUGACUGGAUCAGAUUUGUGUGGACUUUACAGCGCAGUAGAUUUAUCAGCUGUGAAAAAGCUUUCGCAGCACGGUACCGCCAAACUUACCCUCAGUUCUUCAGCGGAAAACCUCGAAUUCAAAAUGGGAUCAUAUUGACACUUCAGAGAUUCCGCAAUUGGGCGAUUGAGCGUGGUAUGACACCGAUGCUCUAUGCCGGUACAUUGCUAGGUUGGUAUCGAGAGUGUGGUAUUAUAACAUAUACACAUGACAUCGACUUUAUGGUGUUUAUCGAGGAACACUAUGACAAAUUUCCUGAUGAUGUUAUGAAUAGUUCGUUUAUCGAGCUUAGUCUGCGGUUCAACAAACCGGAAGACUUAUUGGAAUACAAAGUGUACAUAGAGAAUGGCAUUCCAAUGGAUAUUUUCUUUUUAUAUCAUGAUCAAAACAGUUCCUGGAUUGGAGGUCUAUCUGGUGUAACCAAGUACAGGUUUAUUUAUCCGUUGAUUAAUCGAACUUGUGCAACCGAUCUGCUCGGUUAUUUGAUGUAUGUUCCAUGCAAUGCGUUGGAUGUUAUUACGAGUGAUUAUAGCAAGAAUUGGUCAGAACCGCUUCAUUCUUCCAGAUAUUUCUGGAAUGAAUCUCCAUCAAAUAUAUUAGGGGCUGGAACUGUUCCUCCGGAAGAGAGAGCUGAAUCUUUCAUACAAUACAACAGUGUGAAAAACAAAAAAGCCAAUGAAAAGAAAUCAAAUCCUCCGAUAAAACGUGUGACAUCUCAAAGAGCUGAACAUUAUAAAACGUCGAAUGUCUCACAACGACUAAUGAACACUUGA